UUCCUUAAAUAAAAUAGAAUUUAGGGCUCCCUAUGAAGUCGUCAGUAUUGACCCCCAGGAUGUCGCUAAAAUUUUAAAGGAAGUCUGUGAUGAUCAAAGGCCUAAUGUGAAAGAUGCUGAAGAAGGUCGUCCUGUUGUCGUCACCAUGCAUGCUCAUGUUAGAAGGGCUAGCUCAUUGACUACUCUCUGUGUGUUUGCAACAGCACUUCUUGUAUUAACCACUGGUAUUAUUGGGGGAAUGUACCUUUACCGUCAGUUUGCUCACUACAAGGUUGGACAAAGUGCAGAUUUACGACAUUUUCGUGGAUGGUGCAGUAUUCCUUAUCUUCCUGACAUUCAAGAAGAUCCAAAGCAUGAGCCAUAUGUAGCUAGUAAGCAACAUCAUGCAUCUGCUAAUCCUACUGAAUCAUGGGAAGCAGAAUCUCCGAAAGCUAACUUUUUUGAAGAAGAAGUUGAUAUUGACAUAAAAUUCCAGCAGUAUGAAAGAAUACAAGUACCAUCAUUUGCUCAUGGACGUCGUGGUCUGUUUGUACAUGAUUUUGUUGUGAACAAGACUGCUAUUGUGGAUUAUGAAUAUCGCCGUUGUUUCUUAAUGCUGUUGAAUCAUAGUUAUGUGUAUCCUCCCCGUAUGCUGUUUGAACAAAUUUCAAAAAUGAGGGCUGGAUUUUAUGAUGCAGAUACACAAACUGUGAAACACAUCAUGCAGGUUGUCUUGCCCCCACUCAGUGAAUAUAAAAACUUGGGAUUUUUUAUUGCACGUGAUUGUGCUUCAAUGCCUAUUUAUGCAUUAGAGAAAGUUGAAUCGCCAGGUAUGAUUUUU